GAAAAGACUGCUUACAUUAACACAAUUGAGUUGAUAUAAAAACCGAUUAUUUUCACUGUAACAGCUUCAGUUAAAUAAAGUUUGUGGAAAUCCUGGUACCAAUAGACAUGGAAGUAAAAGUCUUGUUGUGUAUGUGUCUUUUACUUCAUUGCACACUACAUAAAUCAUCUUUCCAUGGACAACUUUUGUUUUCAAAUAGCACUUCAAUAAUGGAAUUGGAUGUUGAUACACUCAAAAUGGCUGUAUUGGUUGCGUAUGAAACAAGUUAUGUGUAUGACAUGGCCUACCAUAACAAAUACCUUUAUUUCCAAUUGCGAAGAUCUGACUACAAUGCCAUUACGCGAUUUCAGUAUCCUUCAAAGAACCAAGCAUUACAAACAGUUGUCCAGACAGGUGUAAAUACAAAAGGAUUAGCAAUUGAUUCAGCCAACAAUCAUCUGUACUGGAGUGAUAACGAUAAUUACACAGUCUCAAGAUGCAAUCUAGACGGAACUCAUGUAACUGUAUUAACUACUUUAACCCAUCCAUUUGUGAUACGACUUGAUGUUACAAACAGGUGGAUGUAUAUAGUUGAAAGCGUCUCAGGUAUAUUGAAGUCUAGAUUCGAUUUAGCUAAUCAACAAACGAUCGUCAACUUUACAUCUAAACCUGUUUAUUGCAUGGACAUAGAUACUGAUGAACAAAGACUGUAUUGGAUUGGUCGCAAUGGUGACAUCAAAUCAACUAAGGACGAUGGUUCUGAUGUUAAAACAAUCCUAUCAACAAAUAAUAUAGGCGAACACUAUGCUAUCGCUGUCUUUGGUAGUUACAUAUACUAUUCGUAUCUCACUCAGCUGUUAAUGGUAUCUAAAACACCAUUAUCCAUGCCGACUGUUCUGUAUACAGAUACAAGCUGGAUUGACUGCAUAUUUGUGUUUAAUCAGUCAAGUAAGUAAACAGUAAAAUUAAAAAUUGAAAUGGGGAAUGUGUCAAAGAGACAACAAUCCGACCAAGAGCAGAAAACAGCCCAAGGCCACAAAUGGGUCUUCAACACAGCAAGAAAAUCCCGCACCCGAAGGCGGGCUUCAACUGGACAAUAAACAAAAAUGUGCACUAGUUCAGUAAAAAAAAACAACUCCGAAACAUAUAAAUGAACUAAAAUAAAUAAAAAAAAACAAAAAACAAAACAUAUAAGACCAACAAAGGCCAGAGGCUCCUGACUUGGGAC